AUGGAGCAGGUUCAAGCUACGCUGUCGCCCCAGGACAAACAGCGUCUCGAGAACAUGUCCCUCUUGGCAGAAGGGAGAGAGUCCCGUGCCAGUUUCCCUCGUCAAACGAAAACUGAUGACCUCAGAGAUUGGGAUGGGCUGCCCGAGGGUGUCGACGACACAGAAAGCACACCUGUUUCUCGCAAUGUCUUUGACUGUGUAGUGAAUGACGCAUCGGAAUUCGACAAUCAGUACAAUGAGCCCCUGGAGCCGCUUCUGAAUGUCGACGUCAUUAAUGCGUUUGCACGCUGUUAUUACUCAGAUUCGCAAGGCAUGAAACUCACCAAGUCUGACAGUGUUGUACCGAAGACAGAGCUGCUCCUUGCUAAUGCGCGAACUGCCUACGUGAAACUCACUGCACCACACACAGAUCACUAUCAGGAGUCUGUGGACACUGAUUUCAACGGAGACCUCAUUGCCAUAACGCAAGCGACUCAGCAAGAACUUCCCAGUGUCUCGACCGAGCGCCUUGCUAAUGGUAUCACAAACUUUACGGUUGAUGAUUCAGUGUCAGAAACAACCAUUGCCAAUGGACGCAGAUCAAUUCCUCACCAUGUGAUAGAGGAAAUGAACAUGGGGAAUAAUAGAGAGCAACGGCGAGCCUUCUCAAUUAUUGCGGACCAUAUCCUUGAUGGUGGACCCCAACUUUUAAUGUACGUCGGCGGCAUGGGUGGCACAGGGAAAUCCCAUGUAAUACGUGCGGUGGUCAUGCUCCUUGAGCGGCUAGGACGGCGCCAUGAGCUGCUCAUUGGCGCGCCAACCGGAAUUGCAGCAACAUUAAUUGGGGGGACAACAUUGCAUUCAUUGAUUUUAGCAAAUCCUGGGAGGAAGGGUGAAGGAACGGCCAAUGAGCGGUUGACAAGAAUAUGGGCGAACAUUCGUUACCUGAUCGUUGACGAAGUUUCUAUGGUUGGGGCGCAGUUCCUAGCAGAGAUGUCGAGCAAAAUACGUAUAGCCAAGGGGAACGAUCCCCAAGCAAGAACACGGCCCUUUGGAGGCGUCAGUGUCAUAUUCACGGGAGAUUUCUGUCAACUCACCCCUCCCAGGCAAACAAGCCUCUUUUCGCACUCGCUGGUGCGUGAUCCCUCAUUCCUGCAGUCCCGGGACAACGAUGGGAUCGACAGCCUGGCCGGGGCGUAUCUGUGGCGCUUGGUGGGAACUGUUGUCAUUCUUACAUCCAACCAACGACAAAAGACUGACCCCACAUUUGCUCGUGCCCUGGAGCUCAUACGGAUGCGGCGAUGCUAUGACAGUCUCGGCCAUUCCGAGAUCAUCAACGAAACACCCAUCUACGAAUAUCUUCGAAAUCGUGAACUUGUCAGAGUCGCUCGGGAGAAUCCAGAGUCGCUGAGGGCAUUUUUGGAUGCGCCCGUGAUAGUUGGGAGUAAGCUACUGCAGGAUGCCUUGAAUGCGAAGCUUGUCAAGUUUAAUGCUGAUCGUCAAAAGGAAGAAGUGUGCCUAUACCACUCACUGGACUCAUCGCACAGACAACCCAUCGCGCACGAACCGCUCCGAACGCAGCUUUGGAAUUUGAGUUCACGCAAAAACAGCGAAAGCCUUGGGAAGCUGCCUCUAUUUGUGGGGAUGAAGGUCAUGAUCACCGAAAAUGUAUCAAUUACGCAUAAGGCGGUGAAUGGCGCCGAAGGAACCGUCGUCCAAAUCGUUUACUCGGAGAACAAAGAAGGACUCCGAUUCGCCGAGGUAGUCUAUGUCCAGAUACCGGGAAGCGGUAUCCAGCUUCACACCCUACCUCCCGAAACACUGCCCUUGUUUCCCACUUCAACGACUAUAAAACAUCACAUAAAAUCCGCGACUUUAGCUGCUCGGUCCUUCACCAGAAAGCAAGUCCCGCUCGUACCUGCAUACAGCUACACCGACUACAAGAGUCAGGGCAGGUCUUUGUCCCGAGCAAUUGUUGAUAUUUCAACGGCGAGAGGGCAAGGGGUAUACGUGAUGCUGUCCAGGGUCAAGUGGCUGGAAGGUCUUCUGAUUCUACGUUCCUUUCCGGCAUCAAAGAUUUUCGAGUCAAUGUCAGGGGAAUUGAGAUCAGAGCUAAAUCGACUCACCAUCCUGGACGUAGCGACAGAGGCAGCGUACCAGUCCAGGCAAAAUCCAGGUAACUGCUACGAAGUUCUAUCCCAUUCUCCCGAUGAUCUGAUUAUGUUGCCAGAUCAUAGCAAAUAG